CGUCCAGCAGCUGAUCGGUAAUCCAGAAGAAGUUUCCCCUCAGUUAGGGGGGAGCUCCACUUUGAAGCAGGAGACUCCACAACCACCCUGCAUUAAAAAGGAAGAGGAGGAACUCUGCAUCACUCAGGAGGGAGAGUGUCUUCUAGGACGAGAGGAAGCUGAUUACACCAAGUUUCCACUGAGUAUUCUCUCUGUGAAGACUGAAGAUGAUGAAGAGAAACCACAAGGAGACAACCUCUUAGCUCCACUAUCAGAUAAUGAGGCUGAAGACGAGGUUGAAGAACCUUUGAGCAGCGAUAAAGACUGUGAAGGUGAUAUGAGGACUCACACUGACAACAAACACUCUGAAUGCUCUUCAACGAAGAGAGGUAAAACAUGCUCAGUUUGUGCUGAAAGUUUUACUAAAAAGUGCCAUUUGACUCAACACAUGAGAACACAUACAGGUGAAAAACCAUUUAAUUGUUCAGUUUGUGGCGUAAGCUUUUCUCAAAAUAGCCAUUUGACUCGACACAUGAGAACACACACAGGAGAAAAACCAUUUAAUUGUUCAGUUUGUGGCGUAAGCUUUUCUCAAAAUAGCCAUUUGACUGCACACAUGAGAACACACACAGGAGAAAAACCAUUUAACUGUUCAGUUUGUGGCAAAAGCUUUUCUGUUAAGAAGAAUUUGACUAAACACAUGAGAAGACACACAGGAGAAAAAACAUUUAGUUGUUCAGUUUGUGGCAAAAGUUGUUCUGUUAAGAGGAAUUUGACUAAACACAUGAGAACACACACAGGAGAAAAAACAUUUAGUUGUUCAGUUUGUGGCAAAAGUUUUUCUAAAAAUAGCCAAUUGACUCGACACAUGAGAGCACACACAGGAGAAAAAACAUUUAAAUGUUCAGUCUGUGGCGUAAGCUUUUCUCAAAAUAGCCAUUUGACUCGACACAUGAGAACACACACAGGAGAAAAACCAUUUCAUUGUUCCUUUUGUAGCAAUAGCUAUUCUGUUAAGAGGAAUUUGACUGAACACAUGACAACACACACAGGAGAAAAAACAUGUAAUUGUUCAGUUUGUGGCAAAAGCUUUUCUGUUAAGAGGAAUUUGACUGAACACAUGAGAAGACACAAUGAAGAAAAAACAUUUAGUUGUUCAGUUUGUGGCAAAAGUUUUUUUGGUAAGAGCAAUUUGACUCAACACAUGAGAACACACACAGGAGAAAAAACAUUUAUUUGUUUAGUUUGUGGCAAACGCUUUUCUGUUAAGAGGAAUUUGACUGAACACAUGAGAACACACACAGGAGAAAAAACAUGUAGUUGUACGGUUUGUGGCAAAAGCUUUUCUGUUAAGAGGAAUUUGACUGAACACAUGAGAACGCACACAGGUGAAAAACCAUUUAGUUGUUCAGUUUGUGGCAAAAGCUUUUCUGUUAAGAGCACUUUGAUUGAACACAUGAGAACGCACACAGGUGACAAACCAUAUAAGUGUUCAGUUUGCGGCAAAAGCUUUCCUUAUAACAGCUCUUUGUGUUGACACAUUAGAACACACCCUGGAGAAAAAAACAUUUAGUUGUUCAGUGUGUUGUAAAAGGUUCCCACAUAAUGCAGACGCAGUAAAACACAUAAGAACACACAAGGGAAAAUACCCAAUUAGCUGUUUAGUUUGUGGUAAGUUGCUCAAAUGUGGCGACAUCCACCCUACCCAGGACCUCCUCACUGCUUCUUUCACAAAUAUCUGAAGUAUUCAUACAAACUUGGAUUAUUUGGAGCAUAAUCUUAUCUACUCAUGACCCCAUGUCUUCUCUGUAUCUGAAACCUUCCUGAACAGUAAGAUAGAUGAUGCUUCAAGUGCUUGGUUACUCCUCCUUCAGUCCAGGGACCUGGGGCAUCAUGUGUCAACUUCGUACACGCUCAAAAACCUGCACGACACCCUUUUUCACGGCAUUACAAACUGCCAAUUUUUACUCCUCAGACUGAUUGAUGUGCAAAUCAGAGACUUAUGAACAAUUAACCCCCACAACCCAACCCCCACCUCCCUCGACAUUCGGCCAUAACAGGUUCAAUCCGGCCCGCGAGAUGAGUUUGCAAAGUGUAAAAUUCAGCCGCAUUUUUUAAUGAAAGAAACUGCUGUUCUAAUUGUGUCCACUGGAUGUCGCAAUAGCAAUUCUGUUAGGCAAGCAAAUAAUAAUAUUAAUAAUAAUAUAUUUUAUUUGUAAAAAGCACUUUAUAUUGAGUAAACAAUCUCAAAGUGCUACAGUAUAUUA